UACUCAUGAAUUCAGUGACAUCUGAAGUUGUCUGUGUUUUGGUGUCAUUCAAGCAUGCCAUGUCCUACAUUUAGCCGAUUUUGAUAUCGCUUAUAAUUGCUCCGAGGAGACAGACACGUUUAUCUUGACUUUGUGGACACGUAUAAGUCAAAUGAGACCCAAAGUAAACUGCGUCUUCAAUUAAAGGAAUAUCUGGCUCAGGAUACUUUGACUGCCGCCGAGAAACAAGACAUAAUAGGUCGCUCUGAUGAACCUGGAGAACGUAGCCGGUUACCACGGUGCCGUGAGGCCACUGGACAUGGAGCAGAAAGUCAGCAAGCUCACCUUUGGCUUCCAGCGGAGCUCCACGUCGGACGACGACUCCGGCUGCGCUCUGGAGGAGUACGCCUGGGUACCGCCAGGCCUGCGUCCUGAGCAGGUUCAGCUGUAUUUCUCCUGCCUGCCUGAGGACAAGGUUCCCUACGUGAACAGCCCUGGAGAGAAAUACCGCAUCAAGCAGCUCCUGUACCAACUGCCUCCCCACGACAAUGAGGUGCGGUAUUGCCAGUCCCUCAGUGAGGAAGAGAAGAAGGAGCUGCACAUGUUCAGCGUGCAGCGCAAGAAGGAGGCGCUCGGCAGGGGGACUCUGAAAAUGCUGCCCAGGACAGUGGUACAUGCCAUCUGUGAUCAUUGUGGGGAAAGCAUCAAUGGUGGCGAGAUGACCGUUUUUGCCUCCAGAGCUGGGCCUGCACUCUGCUGGCACCCUGCCUGCUUCGCGUGCUCAACCUGCAACGAGCUCCUGGUGGACCUGAUAUACUUCUACCAUGAGGGCAAGAUCCAUUGUGGUCGUCAUCAUGCAGAACUACUGAAGCCUCGAUGCUCAGCCUGUGAUGAGAUCAUCUUUGCUGACGAAUGCACAGAGGCAGAGGGCCGCCACUGGCACAUGAAGCACUUUGCCUGUUUUGAGUGCGAGACCAUUCUGGGUGGGCAGAGGUACAUCAUGAAGGAUGGACGGCCGUACUGCUGUGGUUGCUUUGAGUCUCUCUAUGCAGAGUACUGUGAGGCAUGUGGAGAGCACAUUGGUGUGGACCAUGCUCAGAUGACAUAUGAUGGCCUUCACUGGCACGCAACUGAGACAUGUUUUAGCUGUGCCCAGUGUAAGACUUCCUUGCUGGGCUGCCCUUUCCUUCCGAGACAGGGGCGGAUUUACUGCUCCAAGGCCUGCAGCCUGGGAGAGGACGUCCAUGCUUCAGACUCCUCAGACUCGGCCUUCCAGUCAGCACGGUCUCGCGAAUCCCGCCGCAGCGUGCGCAUGGGAAAGAGCAGCCGCUCAGCAGACCAGUGCCGACAGUCGCUGCUCUUCUCCCCUGCUGACAACUACAAGUUCCCGGGUUUCUCUGGAAAUGCAGAGGACACGCUGUCUAACAAGCUGUCUCAGCUCAGCUUUCCCGAUGGCCACUUCUGGGGGAACAGGGAGGAACAGGAGCAGGAGGCCCCUGAGGACCACGAGGAGUGGGCUGAGCAUGAAGACUACAUGACCCAGCUCCUACUCAAAUUCGGAGAGCACGGUGUAUUCCAGCAGCAGGAGGACGCCAGGCCAACGGAACUGUGGAUGAAUGAGUCGGAGGUCAAAACGAAGGCUGAAUCCAAGCCAGGCGGUGGUGGCAGCAGCAGCAGCCAGAGCCUGGCUAGUAAGAAGUACCAGGUGGACAUGUACUGGGCUCAGUCCCAGGAUGGCCUGGGAGACUCGGCUUAUGGCAGCCACCCUGGCCCUGCAAGCAGCAGGAAGAUCCAGGAGCUGGAUCUGGAAGAGCAUGGUGCCAGUGGCUUCAAGCGGAAUGAUAAGCAGUGGUACGACGACUCUCUGGAGUGCAUUACUGAUGAACUGAAGCAGAACACGGCGAGUGUGAGGGACUCAAUGGACUCUUUGGCAUUGUCUAAUAUCACAGGAGCUUCGGUUGAUGGUGACAGCAAAGAUCGCCCCCUACUUUACUCAUUACAAAACUUUCCUGAACUUGAGGUAGAGGACUGUGAGAAAACCAGCAACAUGGGAACACUCAAUUCCUCCAUGCUCCACAGGAGUGCCAACUCCCUCAAGAGCAUGACCUCCGAGCUGGAGCAAGAGGAGGUAGUGGAGGAAGAGCAGGAAGAGGAGGUGGUGCCACUACCGGAGGCGAGGCCCAAGUUACCUCACCUGCCGGUGCUGCGUAGGACCCGAUCGCAGUCCAAGCCCCAGCAGGUGAAAUUCUCAGAUGAAGUGGUGGACAAUGGUCGCUACAGCGAGCUGGAGGUGCGCCAGCCACCAAUGAGUGAACGGACUCGCAGACGCGUGUAUCAGUUUGAGGAGCCAGACCAGCGGCAACACCAGCAUCACCACCGACACAGGCGGCGCAGGAGUCGCAAGUCUCGUUCGGACAACGCCUUACACAUGCCCCCUAAAGAGAGGGCCCGCGUCUACUUCAGAGAGGACCACCACAGGCACGGAAACGCACAGCAGUAUGGACAGCAAUCCCAAGCCCAUGCUGCCUCUGACUAUGGUCUGCAGAACCCAGCUGUGGAAAGGUUCCUGGGGCUCUAUGGGGCUGAGGAUGAUGACUGGUGCUCCACCUGUUCCUCUUCUUCUUCCGAAUCAGAGGAGGAAGGGUUCUUCCUGGGCCAGCCAAUUCCAAAGCCAAUUAGGCAACCCAGGUACCAUUACUACGCUGAUGAUCUACCCAGCCAAGUGUCUCCCAACUUUGGCCCAAGAACAAAAUCCAAAAAGAAAAGGGGACACAAGGGGAAAAAUUGCAUCAUUUCAUAGAUCAACUAUAACUUCUAUUAGAUUUUAUUUCAGCUUUCUUCACUCUGUAUAAUACUACGCUUUUUUCAAAGACCUGCAUUGAUUUCCUUAUGUUAAAGUUGAUGGGGACUUGAGAGGCCCGGUUGAGCUCUAUAACUGUGUUUACACUAAACUCCCUGUUUGACAAUUGUAGGAAACCUGAACAUUUGUCAUAUUCCAAAUGUCUCCUUGUAUGAGUAUCAAUGUAUCAAUGUGAGUAUCAAUGAAAACAUUUUAAGAACAUUUUUGCAUUUGAGUAUGCAACUUCAGUUGACAUUUACUAAUAAGUAAUAAGCAUCAUUGGCAGGUUUAAAGUAUAUUUAUGAAACAGCAUUUACAAACUGAAAUUCUUAUUUAACAGUGCAAAUAUUAAUGUAUAUACUGUAAAGUUAAGAUGUAAAACUGAUAUUUUUAUAUCCCUGAGUUUCAAAAGAUGUUUUUAUAUGUUCUGGCUACAAGUAAUAGUUUUGGACCUGCAGUAAUGGUUUUGAGUUCUGCUUUUGUUAAUCAGGGUUUUAAAAAUAAUAAAGUAACAUAUGGUCAUUACUUCUGACCCAUGCCAUCGUCAUGUAUGAGUUUCUUUUGUACCAAGGCCAUCAACAGGGUCAAAAACUUUGUAUUAUCUCAGGCCUAGUCGGGUUGAAUUGUAUUUAAGGGUAAUAGUAUAUUGCAAAUAGAUCCAUAUAAUCUGUAUAAAUGUAAAAACAUGGAAAAGAAGGCUAAUAAAAUAAAUUCAUAA